AUGGGCGAGCACCCCAGCCCGGGCCCCGCGGUGGCCGCCUGCGCCGAGGCGGAGCGCAUCGAGGAGCUGGAACCCGAGGCCGAGGAGCGGCCGCCGGCGGAGGACCACUGGAAAGUCCUGUUUGAUCAGUUUGACCCUGGAAACACAGGCUUCAUCAGUACAGGCAAGUUCCGGAGCCUCCUGGACAGCCACAGUGCCAAGCUGGACCCGCACAAGAGGGAGGUACUCCUGGCUCUCGCCGACAGCCAUGCCAACGGGCAGAUAUGCUACCAGGAUUUUGUCAACCUGAUGAGCAACAAGCGGUCCAACAGUUUUCGCCAGGCCAUCCUGCAGGGGAACCGCAGGCUCUGCAGCAAGGCCCUGCUGGAGGAGAAGGGGCUGAACCUUUCCCAGCGACUCAUCCGUCACGUGGCCUACGAGACCCUGCCCCGGGAAAUUGACCGGAAGUGGUACUACGACAGUUAUACCUGCUGCCCCCCGCCCUGGUUCAUGAUCACGGUCACACUGCUAGAGGUUGCCUUUUUCCUUUAUAAUGGGGUGUCGCUGGGCCAAUUUGUACUGCAGGUAACCCACCCACGAUACCUGAAGAACUCCCUGGUUUACCAUCCACAGCUCCGAGCACAGGCUUGGCGUUACCUGACAUACAUAUUCAUGCAUGCGGGGAUAGAACACCUGGGGCUCAACGUGGUGCUCCAGCUCCUGGUGGGGGUGCCUCUGGAGAUGGUGCAUGGAGCAACCCGCAUUGGGCUUGUCUAUGUGGCCGGUGUUGUGGCAGGGUCCUUGGCAGUGUCUGUGGCUGACAUGACUGCACCAGUGGUGGGCUCCUCUGGAGGGGUGUAUGCGCUCGUCUCUGCCCAUCUGGCCAACAUUGUCAUGAACUGGUCAGGCAUGAAGUGUCAAUUCAAGCUGCUGCGGAUGGCUGUGGCCUUGAUCUGCAUGAGCAUGGAGUUUGGACGGGCCGUGUGGCUGCGGUUCCACCCAUCAGCUUACCCUCCCUGUCCUCACCCGAGCUUCGUGGCACACUUGGGUGGCGUGGCUGUGGGCAUCACCCUGGGUGUGGUAGUCCUGAGGAACUACGAGCAGAGGCUGCAAGACCAGUCGCUGUGGUGGAUUUUCGUGGCCAUGUACACCGUCUUUGUGCUGUUCGCCGUCUUCUGGAACAUCUUUGCCUACACCCUGCUGGACUUGAAGCUGCCGCCGCCCCCCUAA